AUGUCCAUUGAUUUUGAUAAACUCGUCAAGGAACAACAUUAUCCUCAAUGGAAUCAAACUCCGGAAGAGGUUUUGAAGCUUGCCAAUGAUUACGCUUUACAAGAGAAACAGUUAUUCGACACCAUAGCUUCAGUAGAAGAACCAACGGUUGAAAACGUAUUGAAUCCGUUUACAAAGUUUUACAAUGAAGUUGAGUUUCCAAUCAAUCAAAUUACCUUCUACCAACACGUAUCAGCAGAUAAAAAGUUGAGAGACGCUUCGACUGAAGCAGAGCAAAUUCUUGAUCAAAAUUCUAUAGAGCAAUGGUCGAGGUAUGAUGUUUACUCAGUACUAAAGUCGUUGAAGGAUAAGAAGCUUGAUUUGGAUCCUGAAAGUCAACGUUUCCUAGACAAAACGGUAUUGGAGUUUGAACGUAAGGGGUUGGCCCUUACAGAUGCAAAAAGGGAGAAAGUGAAAAAGUUGCAGGUUGAAUUGAGCGACUUGAAGGUGAAGUUUGCCAAAAAUUUGGGGGAAGACACAGGCUGUGUUUAUCUCACCAAGGAAGAAUUAGAAGGUGUUCCCGAAGUUGUGUUGAAGCAAUACGAGGAAGUUGAGAGUGAGGGACAAACUAAACUCAAGGUGACAUUCAAGUAUCCCGACAUCAUCCCAUUGUUUCAACAUGCAUCGAAAGGAGAGACUCGAAAAAUUGCAAACAUUGCAUAUGGAACCAGAUGUUCAGCGAACGAGGAAAUUUUGACAAAGAUAAUCAAGCUCAGAUUUCAGAUUGCCAAAGAGUUGGGAUAUAACACAUUUGCAGACUUUGCAUUGGAGGUGAAGUUGGCCAAGAGCAAAGACACUGUCUUGAACUUUUUGAAUGACUUGAGAGACAAAUUAACACCAGUUGGAGAAUCUGAGUUGCAGGUGUUGAAAGAUUUAAAAAGCAAGGACUUGGAAGCUCGUGGAUUGGCUCCUGAGAAGGAGUUUUAUUCAUGGGAUUUUGCCUAUUACGACCAGAGGCUAUUAGAGCAAAAGUAUCAAGUUGAUAGUUUGAAAAUAUCCGAGUACUUUCCGUUGCAAAGCACCAUCAAGAAAAUGUUGGGUUUCUACGAGACUAUCAUGGAUGCCAAAUUUGUCAAGCUUAGUCCAAAGCCAACCGAGGUCUGGCAUGAAGAUGUUGAAAUGUAUGCUGUUUUCAAGAAUAUCAAGUUUGGAACUUUGGAAUACGUGGGAGUGAUUUACUUUGAUUUACAUCCAAGAGAGGGAAAGUAUGGCCAUGCAGCCAACUUUGGAAUUGGCCCAGGAUACUUGAAUCAAAACGGCACUCGUAAGAAUCCUGAAACUGUUUUGGUAUGCAACUUUACCAAGCCAACCAAAACCACGCCGUCGUUGUUGAAGCAUAAUGAAGUUGUCACCUUUUUCCACGAAUUGGGCCACGGAAUUCACAAUAUGUUAUCGCAAACGAAAUAUGCCAAAUUUCAUGGUACAAAUGUGGAGUACGAUUUUGUCGAAGCUCCUUCUCAAAUGUUGGAAUAUUGGGUUUGGUCAAAGAACGAGAUUAGACUGUUGUCAUCUCAUCACGAAACAGGCAAGCCCAUAAGUGAUGACUUGAUUGAUCUGUUGAUAAAAACCAAACAUGUCAACACUGGGUUAUCCAACUUGCGUCAAUUGUUCUUUGGAUUGUUUGACAUGUCAGUUCACUCUAUCGAAAGUGAGGAGGAGAUUGCCAAGUUAGAUUUAUUCAAAACUUGGAACACUUUGAGGAGAGAUGUUACUUUGCUCCCCGAUGGAAACAAUCCAACUAAAGGGUACUGUUCAUUUGGUCACAUUGCCGGAGGUUACGAGGCUGGUUACUACGGCUACUUGUACUCACAAGUGUUUGCUGCAGAUAUCUACUACACCCUUUUCAAGGAGGACCCAAUGAAUACGGAGAAUGGUAUCCGGUACAGAGACAUAGUUUUGAAAAGAGGGGGGUCCAGAGAAAUCAUGGACAAUUUGGAAGAAGUGUUGGGAAGAAAGCCCAACUCCGAAGCAUUCUUGUCUGAAAUCUUUGGUAAAACUUCACAUUUAUAA